AUGUCGUUUUCUUCGGAACAGUUUGUCAGUAAGUUGGGUAGUUUAGAAGAUUCUCAAGAGUCAAUUGCUGGUGCUUCGAAGUGGUUGCUGUCGCAGUAUAGAGAAGCGACUCAGGUUGCCGAAUGUUGGAGGGAUUAUAUGAAGAAGAAGAGUGUGAACACAAGAAGAAAGCUGCUAGGUAUCUACCUGGCUAACCACGUUGUACAGCAAGCCAAGGGUCGAAAAAUCGGUCAAUUCCAAGAGGCAUUUGACAAGGUUGCAGCAGAAGUUAUAAGAGAGGUCUAUCCUGAUCUGCCUAGAGACCUUAAGAAGAAGGUCAAGAGGGUUGCCGACAUUUGGACGGAAAGAGGUAUAUUUUCCGCACAAGUUUUGAAGGAGAUUCAGGCGACCUUCAAAUCCGAAGGUUCGACAGUAAGUGAAGAGGCAGUUCCUCUGGAGCUGCGGAAAUUGGUGAGCAGUUGGGGGGACUUGUCCAAGGUGGAGCAAUAUAAGCAAACCAUGCGGGCGAGAUUUGACAAGGCAGCGGAAUCAUUGGAUCCUUCCAGUGUGGUGUAUGAAGAGAACUUGAAAACAGUUACAAGAAUAGGGCAGUCCAGUAAAGAUGCCACUUCACAAGCUAUCAAAAUGAGAGAGGCCAGGAUCAGUGCUUUACAAGAACUGCUGAGGGAAGAAGAGAAGGUACUCGAUGAGGAAAGAAGCGGGAUGAGCGAGAUAGAUAUUAUUCUGCAGUCCAAGAAUCCCAGAGAUUCCAACCAGGCGUCGGAGGAUCAAGAUCUGCUUCCAACUUAUGAAACAGGAAACGAUGGCGAUGACGACGAAGAUAGUAGUGACAAUGACAGCAGCGAUGAAAGCAAAGACGGGAUUUCGACCGCGAAAAGACAGAGUGAAGAGACAACGAUCGAUGGCCUGGCCAUCAAGAGGUCUAAAAUCGCAUCCGAAGAUGCUAUUGAGAUUCCUCAGGAAGGCUAUGAGCCUCAGAAUCAGUCCACCGGGCAAACCGCCGAAGAAUACGAGGGUUCUCCUGUAGUAACAUCGAGUAUACAGGACCUGCUGAGUAAACUUGCUAACUGA